AACGCGGGAAACGACUUCUCUCUUCACCUGCGGCUCCGGCGGAGGUUUGCAGCCUCAGCUCCGGUCGAGGAAGGAGCGGAGUUGCGGGGCCAGCAUGGGCGGAGGGGCUGAGAGGGGCGGCUGUGCCCCGCGCCUGGAGCUGCUGCUGUUCCUGGGUCUGUGCGGCCGCGCGGCAGCGCUGAGAGGAAAUGAUAACAGCGAAGCCCUUCCAGAGUCCAUCCCAUCUGCUCCUGGAACGCUGCCUCACUUCAUGGAGGAACCAGAUGAUGCCUACAUUAUCAAAAGCAACCCCAUUGUCUUACGCUGCAAAGCCAUGCCAGCCAUGCAGAUUUUCUUCAAGUGCAAUGGUGAAUGGGUCCACCAAAACGAGCACGUGUCGGAGGAAAGCAUGGAUGAGACCACAGGCCUGAAAGUUCGAGAGGUGUUCAUCAAUGUGACGAGGCAGCAGGUGGAAGACUUUCAUGGGCCAGAAGAUUACUGGUGUCAGUGCGUGGCAUGGAGCCAUCUGGGGACCUCAAAGAGCAGGAAGGCGUCCGUCCGCAUCGCUUAUUUAAGGAAAAACUUUGAGCAAGACCCCCAGGGGAAGGAGGUUCCUAUUGAAGGGAUGAUCGUUCUGCACUGCCGGCCCCCCGAGGGCGUCCCUGCAGCUGAGGUGGAAUGGCUGAAGAAUGAGGAGCCCAUAGAUUCCAACCUGGAUGAGAACAUCGACACCAGAGCAGAUCACAACCUGAUCAUCCGACAGGCGCGUCUGUCCGACUCCGGGAACUACACCUGCAUGGCUGCCAACAUUGUUGCCAAGAGGAGGAGCAUGUCUGCGACAGUUGUGGUUUAUGUUAACGGCGGCUGGUCGUCGUGGACUGAGUGGUCCAACUGCAACGCGCGGUGCGGUCGGGGCUGGCAGAAGCGAUCGAGGACCUGCACCAACCCUGCCCCGCUCAACGGAGGGGCAUUCUGCGAAGGAAUGUCCGUGCAGAAGAUCACCUGCACUUCUCUUUGCCCUGUGGAUGGAAACUGGGAGGUGUGGAGUGAAUGGUCUGUGUGCAGCCCGGAGUGUGAGCAUUUGAGGGUUCGGGAAUGUAUUGCGCCAGCUCCACGAAAUGGAGGAAAGUACUGCGAGGGCCUGAGCCAGGAGUCAGAGAACUGCACCGAAGGGCUUUGCAUUCAAGAUAAAAAACCUCUUCAUGAAAUAAAAUCCCAAAAUAUAGAGACAGCCAGUGACAUUGCCCUGUACUCUGGCCUGGGAGCAGCAGUGAUUGCUGUAGCUGUGCUGGUGGUUGGUGUUACCCUUUACAGACGGAGUCAGAGUGAGUACGGCGUGGAUGUGAUUGAUUCAUCUGCACUGACAGGAGGCUUCCAGACAUUUAAUUUUAAGACAGUCAGACAAGGUAACUCCCUGCUUUUGAAUUCAUCCAUGCAGCCUGACUUGACAGUGAGCAGAACGUACAGUGGACCUAUCUGCCUGCAGGAUCCAAUGGACAAGGAGCUAAUGACAGAGUCUUCACUGUUUAACCCACUGUCAGACAUCAAAGUCAAAGUUCAGAGUUCGUUCAUGGUUUCCCUAGGGGUGACAGAGAGGGCUGAAUAUCAUGGAAAGGCACAUUCUGGAACUUUUCCUCAUGGGAAUGCUAGAGGUUUUGGAACAAUGCAGGCUAGAAACAAGGCUGCAUAUAUUCAGAACCUGUCUUCAAUUUCAACAAGAAAUGAGCUGAAGACAACUGCUAUCUUUGGACACCUGGGAGGUCGUUUAGUGGUUCCAAAUACAGGAGUCAGUCUGUUGGUGCCACAUGGAGCAAUUCCUGAAGAGAGCUCAUGGGAGAUCUAUCUUGCUAUCAACCCAAGAGAGUCCAGCCUACAGCCAGAAGGCCCAGAUGUCCUCCUGGGACCAGAAGUGACAUGUGGUCCUUCGGAUGUCUCUGUCAGCUCUCCAUUUGCCUUGACUAUCCCACACUGUGCAGAAGUAAAUCCAGAGCACUGGAAUAUCCACUUGAAGAAAAGGACUCAGCAGGGAAAAUGGGAGGAAGUGAUGUCUGUGGAAGAGGAAACUACUUCCUGCUACUGCCUGCUGGAUCCUUAUGCCUGUCACAUUCUCUUAAACAGCUUUGGAACUUAUGCACUUAUUGGAGAACCCAUCUCUGAGUGUGCCGUCCGACAGCUGAAAGUAGCGGUUUUUGGCUGCCUGUCUUGCAAUUCUCUGGAUUACAAUCUGAGAGUGUAUUGCAUGGAUAACACACCUUGUGCGUUUCAGGAAGUGGUUCUGGAUGAAAGGCUCCAAGGAGGACAAUUACUGGAUGAACCCAAACUUCUGCAUUUCAAAGGGAAUACCUUCAGUCUCCAGAUAUCUGUCCUCGAUAUCCCUCCUUUCCUUUGGAGAAUCAAACCUUUUACUGCCUGUCAGGAGGUCCCAUUCUCCCGUGUGUGGUGCAGUAACCAGAAGCCACUGCACUGUGCCUUCUCCCUGGAGCGUUACACUCCUGCAACCACACAGCUGUCCUGCAAGAUCUGCGUCCGGCAGGUCAAGGGGCACGAGCAAAUCCUACAGAUCCAGACAUCCAUCCUCGAGAAUGAAAGAGAAACCAUUGCUUUCUUUGCACAUGACGACAGCAACUUCCCCGCACAGAUGGGUGCAAAAGCAUUUAAAAUCCCAUACUCCAUCAGACAAAGAAUCUGUGCAACAUUUGACACACCCAAUGCCAAAGGCAAAGACUGGCAGAUGCUAGCACAGAAAAACAGCAUCAGCAGGAAUCUCUCCUAUUUUGCCACACAAAGCAGCCCAUCUGCAGUCAUUCUGGACCUCUGGGAAGCCCGACACCAACACGAUGGAGACCUCGACUCCCUCGCCUGUGCGCUGGAGGAAAUAGGAAGGACACACUCUAAAAUCUCAGACAUAACAGAAACUGAGAUUGAGGAGCCUGACUUCAACUACAGCAGACAGAAUGGACUCUAAUCCUUCAUUUCCAUUGAAGAACCGAUGGCCAGCUGACUUUCACACCUGAAAAUCUCUUGGCAGGGAGGAAAUAAGGGUUUCUGCACACUGCCCAAGGAAGCAGAUGCGUCUCCACAAUGCCAUUUUCAGUUGGAGGAGCAGAAGCAGCCCUAUUAAAAAUCAUCUCCAUAAUAAGGAAAACAAGCUGUCCCUGUGCUACAGUCCUCUUUCAUUUAAAAUUCAUGUUUCAGAUUCAAAAAUGAGACUGCACAUCAAUCAUUCCCAGGGGCAGGAAGGAGCAGGGUACAGAGCUGUGCAAGGUAAAUAUUAUGACAUCCUAUAUUUAGGAAACAGUGAUGCUAAAGAAGAAUACAAUGCCUACUAAAAUACAAUGCCUAGUGCUAAGCAGUGAGUAGUUAGAGCCACUAGAGGUUAAUCUCAGUGUAGGAGUUUGUGUUCUUGGGGCCCUGAGUCCCCCUGUUUCCAACUUAACGCACCCGAACAGUGGAUGUAAAUGCCAUUUGCUGGCAUCAUGUUGACUCUGUGUAUUUGCUGUAGUUUAGCUAAAAGAAAGCUGUAAAAUCUGACCUUCUCCUAUUCAGAGAUUUGAGGAAUUAAUAGAUUGUCUAAGUAUUUAAUAGAUAUCAGGUGUCAUGCAAGCAAUUCCUUUUACAAAGUCAUUCAAUGAAUGUAGCCUUGCUGCAGAUUCUCCUGCCUGUUCUGAUAACAGAAACAGAGCAAAGCCCUGCUCUGUGCAGUCAGUGUUUGUGAGCACAUGUGACCAAUGCCCUGAAGUUCUCCAUUUGCAGAAUUUCAUUAGGUCAAAACUUGUUGCUUUGGGGGUGGAUUUAAACAACCAAAUAAAAUGCAGGAGGUUGCCAGUCCUGAACUGAAAGCUGAAGUAAAUUCAAUCUGCACACCUUAAUUUUGCUUUAGGUUCAUACCAACACAAUAACCUCCACUUAUCACUACCAGAAAUUAGCCUGAUUUACUGUACAGCUUGCAUGUUGUGCAGGAGAUAGAGCUGGCUGCAUUACCUUUGGCCUAUUUACCCCCACAUCUGGAACAGAGCUAGUGAAUUCUCAUCACUUUUUACCCAUCUCAUGCAAAUAUGAUUCAUUGCUUCAACUGAACCAAAAAAAAAAGAAAAGCUGUCACUGUGAGUCAGCAUCCUGGCAGAACUGGUACCAAACCAAACACCACCAGUGUUCUCACUUGUACUGUCUUUGAGAAUUACCCAUGGUGCUCGUAUUGGGCUGAGAGCAGCAUGACAGGGCAGGUACUUAGUGGGGAAAUCCAUAAAGAUCCAAAAUCAUUUCUUCAUCUGGGAUCCUAGAUCUGAACAGUACAAUCAGUGGCUGUGAAUGGGACUUUGCUUGCUCUUGUUGACCUGAAAAAGCCAAUUUCAUGGCUUUCCCAGCUGAGCGGGCGGACUUACAAACACUUGGACUUCCCC